AUGCAGGGGUGGCAGGUGGACUUUGACGAUGAGUGGGAGGAAAUGCCCGUGGAGCGUGUGUCCAGCGCGGACGGAUCAGAGCUUGACUUUGACUCUGACGAAGCGCCGCUGCAUUCGCGCGCGAUUCCCAGUAAAGACAAGGUACGUGGCGUGCAGAAACAAGUAGCACGCCGCGGCCAAGUCCGUGGUACGGGCGCGUCCGCAGUGAGCGCAAUGUCCAACACCACCGGCGCGCACCUUGAUGUAUUUGAUGCACGCGGUUAUGAUUGGCGGACGAAACCACAGGAGGAGGAGGAGGAGGAAAGCAAUGCAGAAAAAAGUGUGGGGUAUACACAGCUACGUUUGGACGAGGACGAAGAGGAGGAAGAACUGCAUGCGGCAACAGAAUACCUAUUUCAAGAGGAUCUUGCGCGCUUAGGUGAGGCGGGUGAGGAUCCAAGCGCCGCGCCGAUCUCGCAGCUUGCCAUGACCAAGCGACUUUUGUCAGACACACAGAAAAUUGCAUACGCUGGCCUAGCGAGCCUCGUCGGCCACCAGAUUGUACAGGAUACGGAGCUUUUGGAGCUGAGAAGCAAACGGCCUGCAUCGAAGAAUGCCAGUGAAUGGCUGCUUCGGGUCAUGGUGCGUCUGUACCAGCAUUUGGACAUUGAUCCUCGCGAACAAACCAUGAUUGACUCGUUGGCGCAGCAUGGCAUUUUUCCGUCUGACAUUGCCCCAAGUUUGGUUGCUACACAGACCAUUCCGAAUCCAGGCUACAUUUCCGAGUCGGAGCCGGACGCGGGCGAUAUUGGGCUGCAAAAAAAGACACCGACGCGGCCGCCCUCGCCCGAGCGGCCAGCGUCUCCUGCCGAGAAGCAGGCGACGGAGCCACCAGUGACACCCAAGGCCAGCACUGUACGCACCUCGCUUCCGCACCGCACUCCCUCCAAUACGCAACCCGGGCAUCAGACGCACCGUCUUGUCACAGACCCCAAUACAGCCGCGCAAAUGGUUGAGCGCGAAGCAGCAGCGGAACAUGCAAGCUCGCCAUUUCAUCCCACGUCACCACGUGCUCCGUUGCAAGAUACCCCGCGCAAGCAGACGCUCGACGGCGUCACCACCGAGAUCAGCGCCACGGUAAAAACCAUCACACUGGAUAUCCGAUGGACUGUAUUAUGCGAUCUCUUCCUUGUACUUAUCGCUGAUAGUGUCUAUGAUGCGCGUUCGCGUGUCAUGCUUGAGCGUGUAUCGGAAUCAUUGGGCCUUACAUGGAUGGACCUGACCAAAUUUGAGAAACGCAUCACGGACGCUUUGGAGAUUGAGGAGGAUGUGCAAAAGCUCAACGACAAGGAUAUUUCCAAACGACGCGACCUAGCCUCGCACCGCAAGCGCAUGAUGAUGAUGGGACUUGCUACUGUGAGCGGUGGGCUGGUGAUUGGCCUUUCUGCGGGAUUGCUUGCGCCUGUGAUUGGCGCAGGGAUUGGUACGGCGCUUGGCACCGUGGGAAUCAGCGGCGCCUCUGCAUUCUUCAGUAGUGUUGGCGGCGCAGCUGCAAUUACCACGACGGGUACGCUUGGCGGUGCGACGAUUGGCGGCCGUGGUAUGAGCAGGCGAAUGCGGAGCGUGAAAACGUUUGAAUUUCGUCCUCUGCACAACCACAAGCGCGUGAACUGCAUCGUAACCAUUCCUGGUUUCCUCCGAGGGCCGGAAGACGACCCAACGUUGCCAUACAGCGUGAUUGAUCCCGUGAUGGGCGACGUUUUUAGUGUGAUGUGGGAGCCUGAUAUGAUGCGCGAUAUGGGAAAUGCCAUGUCGAUUCUGUGGAACGAGACACUGAUUCAAGGCGUCCAGCAGUUCCUUGCCGCGACGGUCGCCGGGGCCAUGUUCAGUGCUCUUGCAUGGCCUUUGUGGCUUACCAAGCUUGGCUACAUCAUCGACAAUCCCUGGUCGAACGCAAUUGAGCGCGCGCGCGGCGCAGGUUUGAUUCUCGCCGACUCGUUGAUGAACCGGCAGCUUGGCGUUCGGCCUGUGACGCUUGUGGGGUACAGUUUGGGCGCGCGUAUUAUUUUCUAUGCACUGCGCGAGCUUGCACAACGGCAGGCUUAUGGGAUUGUGCAGAAUGUGUACUUGCUUGGCGCACCGGUCUCUGCACGCGAGGCAGAGUGGCAGCUGGUGCGUACGGCAGUGUCGGGGCGCUUUGUGAAUGCUUUUUCGCGCUCCGACUGGCUGCUGGCGUACCUGCACCGUGCCGCAUCAGGAGGCAUUCAAAGCAUUGCAGGCCUUCACCCUAUAAAGUACGCUUGCAAUGUCGAGAAUGUGGACGUGACGCAUAUUGUGCCGGGCCAUUUGGCGUACCGUGCGCUGAUUCCGCUCGUGCUUGGCGAGCUGGGCUUCAAGACUACUGCAGACUACUUUGACGAGCCCGAGACACUCGAGCAUAUUCAGGAGCGCGAGGUCUUGUUUGAAAUGGAGCAGGAGGCCGAGGCGGAACGUGCGCGGCCAAAAAGUUCGUGGGCGUCCUUCUUUAAAAAGAUGGAGCCUGGGCGGUCGUCUUACGAUGCGACCGCUGCAAAAUUGCAUGAGGCGCUUCAAGGGAUGAGUGCGGCGGUGGAGGAGGACGACGCGCUGCCACCGCGCGAAGAGGCUGCCAAGGAUGCAAGUAACGAAAAUACGGAGCAUGGCCCACCACCAUCCAUGGAUACAAAAACGUUGCCAGCUACGCCGAAUAGAGAUGCAAAGGAGGGGGCGGUGGACGUUGAAUCAAGUGCGGCGCAAAACUAUACCGGUCCCGCGCAAGAGGACGUUGAUUCAAGAGUAGCACUCGAGGACAGCGGUGCGGCACUAAACGAUCCUGUCCCAAGCGCUGCCAACGCAGACCCCGAAAACCAGCUUGCAGACAAAUCACCGCCGUCACCGCCGUCACCGCCGUACGACAAUGCACUCUUUAUUGCGGGACAAGGCGAGAAUUAUGGACUUUCUUCUGAAGAGGCACAACAGCUUGCCGCACAAUUUGCAGGCCUCACUGCCGACACCGCGCCAGGCACGCCCAAGGCCGCCGCGCUGGAAAAUCCAUGGGACUAG